CUCUGCUAUCAUCAGAGUAAAGAAAGAUUAUUAUGACUGCAAAGUAGUGAGGUUGCUGAUGAUAUGCAGCCGUUGUCGGUAUUUAAUUUCCUUCUAGAUACAUACUAUCCCUUCUUCCUGAAUUCCACACUUCAUUCAACUCGUUGUUAUUGAACUGCCGCUUCCCUUUCAUCUAUCCUGUCUCUGUCCCGGUCACUUGCGGUUCAUCCAUGUCGGAUUCCAUCUCUUGACAAGCAGUAUUCCUCCUGCUGCUGCUACCUGAGAUGUCCUUGCAGUGGGCUAUUGACUCAAGCCACCGCCUUUUAAAAUAUCUGACCCGGGCUGACCUGGCUUAAUAGCACUAUUGUCUUACUGGCGUCUCUAUAUCACUUGGGUGUUUUCUCCAUGUAAACAGAUCAUACUGGUUCAAAGUGGUCAAAUUUGAUCAUCCGGGUCAGAGAUACGGGAUCUUGAUGUUUGCCGCAUCUCGUUCCGCCGUUGGGCUUUCUCUACAUGCCCGGGCCGCCUCAGGGUCACCCACCGAUCCGCAAUUUCAAUUGUGACAAAGUGUACCCGGGCAAAUGGGAUCUGACGCGCCUGGGGAGACUGCCGCAAGGUUAUCCUGGCAUCUUCACGCCACUAGGCUGCUUAAUGUCAAUCGACAAACUGUCCUUGUCACAUCCGGCGACCCGAAUGUUGACAACUUCUUGCAGAACUGUAUGUCUGCUUAAGGGAACGUCGCCCAAAUGCCCUCAGAAAUGAUGUUAGGGCAAGACCCAAUGUCUGAACCCUGAAGGACUAAGUCGCGCUGUUUGACGAUUAGUUACACUCCUUCGUUGUUGGAGCGGACGCUCGGGUAGUAUUGAUCUAUUAAGAGAUUCAAAUUUCAUGUCAC